AAAUGGAGGCGUCGGGGGGCUUGGAGCGCAAAGCGGUUUGGUCGUUCGUUGGAGGUAGAUCUUCUGUUCCGGUCGCCGAUCGCGACUCCCGUUUGCGCGCUCACAGCGGCGCGGCGGUCCCAGCACGGGCCUCAGACUCCGGUUUUGGGUGAAAGAAAAUGGCCCGAACCAAGCAGACCGCUAGGAAGUCGACCGGGGGGAAGGCGCCCCGCAAGCAGCUGGCCACCAAGGCGGCCCGGAAAAGCGCGCCCUCUACCGGCGGGGUGAAGAAGCCGCACCGCUACAGGCCCGGGACCGUGGCUCUGAGAGAGAUCCGUCGCUACCAGAAGUCGACUGAGCUGCUCAUCCGGAAGCUGCCUUUCCAGAGGCUGGUGAGGGAGAUCGCCCAGGACUUCAAGACCGACCUGAGGUUUCAGAGUGCAGCUAUCGGUGCCCUGCAGGAGGCCAGUGAAGCGUACCUGGUGGGGUUGUUUGAAGAUACCAAUCUGUGUGCCAUCCACGCCAAGAGAGUCACCAUCAUGCCCAAAGACAUCCAGUUGGCUCGCCGGAUACGGGGGGAGCGAGCUUAAGUCGAGGCGGUUUUUAUGGCAUUUUGUAGUAAAUUCUGUAAAAUACUUUGGUUUAAUUUGUGACUUUUUUUGUAAGAAAUUGUUUAUAAUAUGUUGCAUUUGUACUUAAGUCAUUCCAUCUUUCACUCAGGAUGAAUGGGGAGAGUGACUGUUCACAGACCUCAGUGCUGUGGGCGCUGUGGCUCAGGAGUGACAAGUUGCCGAUGUGCAGAAGGGAUGGGUGAUAGUACUUGCUUCUCAUGAUGCAUGUUUCUGUAUGUUAAUGACUUGUUGGGUAGCUAUUAAGGUACUAGAAUUGAUAAAUGUACAGGGUCCUUUUGCAAUAAAACUGGUUAUGACUUGAUCCAAGUGUUUAACCAUACAUCACUGUGAUAGAAUGUGGGCUUUUUCAAAGGUUGAAGAUACAAGUUUUAACCACAGUGUAACAGUUUUCCUUAAAAAAAAGUAAACCUGGCAGCUAUAGAAUACACUAUGUGCAUUUAUAAUAGCUAUUUUAUAUAUUGUAGUGUUCAACAUUUUUAAAUUAAAUGUUUUACAUUCACAA